GAGAGCUGCGUACGGUUGUGGGCAAGCGUCUUGUUUUUGGUCUCCGGGAGAUGCGAGGCUGUCCGGGGGCGGGGCCCGGGAGCGCCUCCUAUGGCUGCUAAGCAAGGGAUACCCGAGUCCGCCCUGCGGGUGCUGGAGGAAGCGUUGGGCAUGGACUUCACGGCUGCUGGGGACACCGCGGAGGCGGUGGCCGCCGAGGGCGCCUACUACCUGGAGCAGGUCACCAUAACUGAAGCAUCUGAAGAUGAUUAUGAAUAUGAAGAGAUACCAGAUGACAAUUUUAGCAUUCCAGAAGGUGAGGAAGAUCUGGCAAAAGCAAUUCAGAUGGUCCAAGAACAGGCUACAGAUACUCAGAUUUUGGAACAGAAAACAGUUCUUCCUUCAAAGCAACUAAUACCUGAAGUUAUAGAAGACUUUCUCUGCAAUUUCCUAAUCAAAAUGGGAAUGACCAGAACUCUUGAUUGCUUUCAGUCUGAAUGGUAUGAGUUAAUACAGAAGGGAGUAACUGAACUUAGAGAUACUGGGAAUGUUCCAGAUGUCUACACGCAGAAUAUGCUUUUAGAAAAUGAGAACAAAAAUUUGAAGAAAGACUUGAGAUGCUACAAACAGGCAGCUGACAAGGCCAGAGAAGAUCUGCUGAAAACUCAAAAAGAGCGUGAUUUUCACCGAAUGCACCAUAAGCGAAUAGUCCAGGAAAAGAAUAAAUUAAUUAAUGACCUCAAAAGGUUAAAGUUACAUUAUGCAUCGUAUGAACCGGCUCUCAGGGUGUUACAUGAGAAGCACCACACUUUACUGAAGCAGAAAAUGCUGACCUCUCUGGAAAGAGACAGAGCAGUUGGGCAGAUUUCUGGGCUUCAAGCAACUCUGAAGCAUAUGGAAAUAGGGCAUAAUUACCAUGCUUCUGAAAUUAGAGUUCCUAAUUCUGAAAAAGAAAAUGCACCAGAAGGUCCUACUCAGAAAGGUCUUCGUGAAGCCAGGGAAAAAAACAAAUGUAAAACAAGGAUAAAAGAUAAUAAAAAGGAUUCAGAAUUUCCCACAGAUAUGCAACAAAAUCCAAACCUGUAUUUAUGUAAAGAAAAUAUUGGUCCAGCAAAAUUUGACUACAAGCUGAAUAACAUUUUUAGACUUCAUGAACUUCCAGUGAGCUGCAUCAUCAUGCACCCCCGCAAAGACAUCCUGGUCACCUGUGGGGAGGACCGCCUCUGGAAGUUGGUGGGGCUCCCCAAAGGCAACGUGCUUCUUACAGGAUUCGGCCACACUGACUGGCUUUCCAAUUGCUGCUUCCAUCCCAGUGUCAACAAAUUGGCUACUUCAAGCGGUGACACUACAGUUAAAUUAUGGGACCUGUCUAAAGGCAAUUGCAUUUUGACCUUUGAAGGACACAGCCAUGCAGUAUGGUCCUGCACGUGGCACUCCUGUGGUGAUUUUGUGGCUUCUUCCUCCCUGGAUACAACUAGCAAAAUUUGGGAUGUUAAUAGCGAAAGAUGCAGAUACACUUUGUAUGGACAUACAGAUUCUGUGAACAGCAUUGAGUUUUUUCCUUGCUCCAACACUCUUCUCACUGGUUCUGCAGAUAAGUCCCUGUCUGUAUGGGAUGCAAGAACAGGUAACUGUGAGCAGUCACUUUAUGGUCACAUGCAUUCUAUCAACGAUGCCACCUUCACUCCUAGGGGUCACAUGAUAGCAUCCUGUGAUGCUUGUGGAGUAACAAAACUGUGGGAUUUUCGGAAGCUCUUACCAAUUGUGUCAAUUGAUAUAGGUCCAAGUCCUGGCAAUGAAGUGAACUUUGAUUCAUCAGGUCGAGUUUUAGCUCAGGCGAGUGGCAGUGGGGUUAUCCAUUUGCUAGAUCUUAAAUCAGGGCAGAUUCACAAAUUGAUGGGUCACGAGAGUGAGGCUCACACAGUCGUGUUUUCUCAUGAUGGAGAGUAUUUGUUUUCCGGAGGCUCUGAUGGCACUGUUCGAACGUGGUCUUGAGGUCAGCGUAUCCAACUAUGGACGGCAUCCCCUUUAAGGUUUGAAAAUACCUUAUGUAGUCAGUCCCAAACCAGGAACUAUCUGGUUAAAUAUGCCAGCAGGUAACAUUUACAAUUUGCUUUAAAACAUGCUUUAGACAUGUAUUUUAGUGCUCAAACUGUUACCAAUAAAAAAAAAAACACAACCAACUUCU